AUGUCUAGGACUUUAUCGGUGGGGAAGCAACGGCGUCUACCCCCAGUCUAUGCCAUUAUAAAUCGCAUUCAAAGUGCUUCGAUAGAUAAAGUUCAAGAUUUAGUUCGGAGUGCAGAUAUUCCGAAGUACACCUACAAACAGCAGUCCCAGAUCCAUGCGGCUGUGGCGGAGAAACUCAAACUUGAGUCCGAGAAGGAAGACCAAGGGUCGCCAUCUCUUACUUGCCAUAUUUGCAAUAAAGCCAUGGAUGAUGUUACCCGCUUAAGGCGGCAUCUGCUUACCCAUGGGCCUAGAAAUUAUCGUUGCAACUUUCCAAGUUGCACAUGGACAUUCAAUCUAGCAAAAGAUCUCGAACGUCAUAGGAAAAAACACGGAAUUACCAUUCAGGUUUUUAAAUGUGGUUUUCAAGGGUGUGGGCGGCUUAUGAAUCGAAGGGACAAUGCCCGAUACCAUAUUAGAACAGUUCAUGGCAUUGAAUACGGACAAGCAAAUGCACUUGUGGAAGUGAUUCCUAUCGAUAUAAAAACUCCUGAUCAACAACUUGAAGCGGCUCAUCGUGAAGACCACAUUGCAGCAGGGGUCUCCGAUGUACAGCGUGAGCUCGUCACGGAACCCAACCCUAUCACUACAACACAGCCCCUAGAGCUACCAUCUCUUCAUGGCGAACUAGAUGAGGAGCAAAAUUUGAAGGACUUAUUUACCAGGUUCACCACACUCGAUGAGGUUAAAGAGUCCGAAGGCCAGAAGGAUGAUUCGGACAAUUGGUCUACUGGGAAAGAUGCGUCAGAGCCAGCUCAGCAACCGCCGGGCGCCGAAAGAAGCCAAGUGAAAACACUAAGGGAACGAGUGAAGCAGGUCUUCUACACUACUACACGGCCGAGGCCACCGAGAUUCAAUAAAAGACUCGAACCAAACACGGUAGUGGAUGAGGCCAAGUUUAAAGCGAGCGCCGAAAGUCUUGCCACCACUGACUCCGUUGCGAAUCAGGCCUCGAGCUCUAAAACACCAGCCCCUACCCUGGGGGGAGGGUCUCUUUUCAAAGGGUUUUUAUCAUUAGGAACUAGCCGAAGUAGUGUAGAUGGAGCUAAUAUCGAAACUCCCGCACCUCCCGCACCCUCAAAGUCACCGAAACCGCCUACGCGGGCCCCACCACCACCUCCAGAUCAGGAAACCCCAUUUCGAGUGAGACCACCAACCCCAAUCACAGCUUUAAAUCGGUCCCAAAUUGAUAACAGGGCUCCACCCUGUCUGCCUCCAAGGCCUGGAGUAAUAGGAGCGAAUCUUAGUCAAGAGAAACCCCCCGAAUCUCGACCAUUACCGAACCAGCUACAAAUCAGUCCCGAGUUUGCCGAUAAACUACAUAAUACCUUUCGGAGCAAACUUCAAAUAAGUCAUCUCUGA